AUGUACCGCUUGGCUCGAGCCAAUGGGGUAAGCACAGGUGCCGUGGUUAGCACACCCACGCUACCACCCGCCUUCCUCGCACCGGCAGCCUUCACGCACUCCUUCUGCACUCAAUCGCCCGCUCGAGCAGCGCAGCCUCGGUCCCGAUCGAAGAUUGCGACGGUCAGCUCCGCGCACAAUCUCAAGGCUGUCUUGAGAAGGCUUGGUAAACCCAACAAGUGGAGCGAAAGUGCCCCUGACAAGUUUUCCGACUCUCCCAAAGGCCACCAGGAACGGGAACCAAGAAGCUUUAUUGAGCAUCCUGGCAGCAAGAAACGUGAACCAGGAAGCGAUGUCAAGCAAUCUGGCGGCAGGUACGCUGGUGCAGUAGCUCGUUCAGACCGGCCACGGCGGUCGGAUGACGGCGAGCGCUCGACACAGCUCGGCUUUCGCCUUAGAGCCAAGAAGCUACUCGACUAUCUUGCUGCCGCUGAUCGAGCCAUCGGAGAAGCCGCUCGAUUUGGAACCGACGUCAACGCGGCCUUGGAGCAUUUCGACAACGAGAUGAGAGCGCUUCGUGUCAUGGUCAAGUCCAAAGACGUGCUCAUCGAUCCAGACAACGCUUGGAAAUCCGCAUCUCGCAUCAAGGCGCCUUACAACGCAGCGAUACGCCUCUGUUUCAAGGCUGGCAAGGUCGAGCGUGCCAUGAAGCUUGUCAACCAGAUGAAGAAGGACGGCAUCUUUCCCAGUGCCUCCACCUAUACGAUCGUCAUUCAAGGCGUCUCGCGCGUGCUCCCGCGCCAUCAACUCUCAUCGGCUGCCGGCGAUAACAUCGCGGAGGAGACAUCCCUCCAAAAUCUGACACAGCGCGCCGAGCAAGCAUUCGAGGACCUCGAAAAGCUCUGGCAGCAAGCUUUCCCCCAGUACUUCCAGCGUGGCAGCGGCGCUUCUCCUUUCAAAUCCAUCCUCACGAUCGACGUAGACAGCUUCCACAAGCUCUCUGACCAGGCCCGUCGAAACCUCGUGUCGCAGCAGUCCAGUGUACACGAAGCCCGGCAGUUCCCACGCUUGCUGACGAACGCCAUCAACACUUACCUAAACUUCCUGCGCUGCAUUGGUCGCAGCCAGGACCAGAUCAAGAUCUUGGAUCGACUCUUCCCGUCAGCCCUGAUCGACAAGCUGGCUAGAGGUCUGGCACCGGACGCAUCGUCGCAGGACAAGCUUGAGCUGGCCAACCGCAAGCUUUCAGACUGCUUGCCUCUUGGUCACGUCAGCACCUUCACGCCUAUUCUGAUUCUUCACAGGGACACCAGGGAUCGGGAGCAUCAAGCGGUCUUCAAGCGGAUCUGGACGCUCAGUCUUCAGCUUAUGGAAAUUGAGCGUCAACAAGCAUCCAUGCACACAUCUCAAGCCGACCCACCACGACGCUCCCGAAGCAAGGCGGAUGCGGCAGAAGUCUCCGAAGCAGCCUCGGGAACGAGCGAAUUCAGGUUCAGGCCCGAUGAUCGACUUGUGUCGGACUUCUUCAUCCGCACGUCAAACUCGUCGGAGGCCGAUGCCAAGUCGAACAUGCGCCUCGGCCUCUCCAUCCUGGCCAGGGUCUACGGCCUCGACCUUGAAUCAACCGCGGACGGUAUUGUCAGGGACCCUCAGUCCAGCAGCUUCUCAGACUCUUUUGGGCCCGAUCGGUACCUGCUGUCGCGUGAUGACAUCGAGCAAGGCUCUGACCGAGCCUUCGCCGAAUUGACAGACGGGAGGACCGCCGGAAGCGUGUUGCGCGGUUUGGCCGUCGCGCAGCCCUGGCAACACUUCGUGGCGCUGUUCAACUACUUUUGGGCGAGGGCACAUAGCGAAGAUCAUGGCGGCUCGGAGCAACGCGAUGCUCUGCUCGAUGCAACGGUCGACAAACCCGUCUUUGGCGACGUGCUCCAAGCUUCCAACGCGCUCAGCCUUCUGUGGAUCCUUGGAGACGCUGGCGACCCGGUCGGUGCGCGCGUGAUCCUCCGAAGCAUGAAGCGAGCCGCCGCACAACAGGCAGAGCCAUCCAGACGUAAGCUUCGAUCCGGCGACCGCCGCGCGCGCCCUUCAGACAUCCCCGAGGAGGAAGUGCAAGACUGGGAACCGGCCGACCUCUCGUACGUGCGGGUCAUGCGCGCAAUUAUGGUGGCAACGCAGAAGCGACCUGCGGGACUAACAGCCACGAUUGUGAACGAGGCUGCCGCCCAAGAAGCGAACGCUGACGUCGCUUCGGAUGCGAGCAAGCCUAGCUACGAUCCUUGGACUGAAGCCAAGACGCUCCUGGUCGAAUACAGCGCCAGGAAGGCCGUUGGCGGUUCUGUGCGAAACAAGAGUCAGGAGGCAGGAUCCAAGUUUGGCACAGAUGGCCGCGGCGAUCCUGCAAGCCGAAGACAGUCCGAGGCGCCGGAAAGGUCGCCCGAGUGGAUGGCUCGCAUCCACCUCAAUGCGAUGGUGGCGUUCUUCCUCAACAUUGCGCAUGUCUGCGCGGCCAAGCACGCGGACCAGGGCGGCUUGAUCGCGCGAGAAGCUCUCACGCUUCUCGAAGAGAAGUUUGGCUUGGAGGAGCUUGUCCGAGCCACACAGAAGCUGCAACACAAGAUGAAAGCCAUGGCGGCCGAUGGCGAGACACAAGCGAACGCGAUUGCAGCGCGCAGGCUGGGCUUGCUGACCAACCUGGGCAAGGUGACGGCGCUGGCGCUCGAUACGUCCAACCACUCGUUUGCCCCCAAGGCGGACGUAGAAACGUGGAAAGGCGUGCGCAAGUUGCUCUCUGCGAUGUCGGUAUUCGAGGAGUCGGACGCCAGGCCCUCUGCGCCUGUACGUAAGAUGCGUGGUGGACUGGCGGGAAAUCACCUGCUACUUUCGAAGGACGACUACCUCGAGCUCGAGGGGGAAGGCGACUCGGAAGAGUUCGAGGAGCAAGCGUAUGGCGAGGGUGACAACGAGGGGCGCUACGGUGCUCGCGGUUCACAGCGCACGCAACGGCGGUCGCGCCACGUCGAACAGGAGUUGCAGCGCUGGGUGCGCGGCGCUUCUUCCUGA